GAACUUUCCUAUUCCAGUGAACCCAGCCUCCACUCAGCAGUUGCUGUCUUGUUGUGUUCGGAGGUGGAAGGAAAUACAGGCUUAAGGAAACGGAAAAGAAGAGAGUCAAAAUAAUGGAGUCGGAAAUAUUGAAGAUCAUCUGCGCCAAUCAAGGAUCAGUUGACACUGAUUAUUUGAUAUUGAAUCUCGGCUUAGGCGAUGAAAUUCAUAAUAUAAUUAGUAACCGAGAUAGAUUUGCUUUGUGUAGUCCUUUCGGGCAGCCGAAGGUGGUAGCGAGGACCAGACUGAAACUGUGCAGAGCCAGAGAGUGUCCGGGAUCAUGCAGGGCGCUGCACCUGUGUAAAAAGUUCCUCCUCACCGGAUCCUGUCCGUUCACUCGGUCGAGGACAGGAUGCAGAUUCUCCCAUGAGCUGGACUGUGAUCACAAUGCGGGGUUACUGCAAGCGCAUGAGCUGGAGAGUCUGAGCCGGGCCGAGCUGUGCACACUGCUGCUGCAGAGCGACAACUGGCUUCUGCCUGAGAUAUGUCAUAAUUACAACAAUGGUGGUGGGGAGUUCGGUCUGUGUCAGGAGGGCUUUGCCUGCAAGAGACUGCAUAUCUGUGAGAGGUUCCUGAACCGCGACUGCAGCUGCUCCAAGGCUCAUGAUUUUAAUGCUCCACAGCCAUACAAGAGCCUCCAGGAGAAAGGUGUGCCUGAAGACCUCACUCAUUCCUUGAAGUCUGUUUAUGCAAACAUAUUGGCUUUGAAGUACGCUGACAGAAACACUGACGCGAACAGAGGGAGAGGUGUCAACAGAGGCAACAGGGGAAAUAGAGGCAACAGAGGCAACAGAGGCAACAGGGGCAACAGGGGCAAUAGAGGAAAUAGAGGAAACCCAGGCAACAGUCAACCGGCGCAACAAACCUCUUCCACUGAUGACAUCCUUGCUGAAAUCAACGCCUUGGUUCCGUACAGCGACGAUGGAAUGAACGAUUGGCUAAACUCUUCCGACAGUGACAUCUCCGUUGCUGCCAGCAGCACCGAUGCGAGCAGCGUCGAUGGUCAGAACAAAAAAGAAAAUCUGAAUAAAACUUCAACAGCUAUCAGAAAGAAUGGCAGGAACACAGGCAGACCAUCAACCAGUUCCACUAAUGACAACCCCGGUGCGGUCAUCGGCGAUUCAAACACCGAUGAUGGGCCGAACAGGAGGCAAAGGCAAAGGCCUGCUAGAGAUAAAACUGAGAUAUGCAUGUUCUUCAUCAAAGGACACUGUAUACAUGAGGAGCGGUGUUUUAAAGCUCACGACAAGAUGCCGUACAGAUGGGAGGUCAGAGAGGACGAUCAAUGGACCGCCUUGACUGAUAAUGAAAAUGAGGCGAUUGAGAAGGACUACUGUGACCCUAAAAACACAUACAGUCAGCACCCCUACAGCACCCCACCUGUGCAUUUUGACACAAUGACCCGUGGAUCGAACAAAGUCCGACGACUCUCUACCACAAACUCUUUGCUUGAGCCAACCUUCAUCCACACCACGGAGUGGGUUUGGUACUGGGAGGAUGAGUUCGGAAAUUGGAACAUGUACGCUUCAGCUGCUGGUGGACGCAAAGUAGCAGACGUAGACAGUCCUACACUGGAGCAGAAGUUUCUGGACAAUGACAAAGAUGUGGUGGAGUUCACCGCUGGUUCACAGUUAUACUCGCUCAGUUUCCAGGACAUGAUACAGACAAACAAGGAGUAUGGCACCAAGAGGCUCGUGAAAAGACGGCCGCUGUUUGUCUCCGCAGCUGAUGUCAAAACAAAGAAAGCGAGAAGGCCUCCUGGUCAACUAAAUUUGACUGAUGUACCCGACCACUGGGACAAGACACAGAUUCCUCAAACAGGAUACAAGCGAGUCCCCCUGCAGCGCUCCUCGGAUGAAUUUAAGGAGAUUGAAACUCUUUUCUGUAAAACCAUGAGAGGUUUUGACAUUGUCCAAAUUGAGAGGAUUCAGAACAAAGCUCUUUGGGAAGUCUUUCAGUGGCAGAAAAAGCAGAUGAAGAUCAACACCAAGGCACCCUAUGUGACUGAAAAAAAGCUUUUUCAUGGCACUGACUCUAAAUACGUAGAUGUCAUCUGCAAAACCAACUUUGACUGGAGAAUCUGUGGAACUCAUGGAACCGUUUAUGGCAAAGGUAGUUACUUUGCCCGGGAUGCAAAAUACUCCCACAGCUACACCGGUGACUCUGAUGUCAAGUCCUUGUUCAUCUCACGGGUGCUGGUGGGAGAUUACACCAGAGGGUCCUCCGACUACGUCCGACCUCCUUCUAAGGACGGCGGAGACGUAAACUUCUAUGACAGCUGUGUCGACGAUGUUAUAUCCCCUUCCAUCUUUGUCGUGUUUGAGAAGCACCAGAUCUACCCCGAGUACCUGCUGCAGUACAAGUCCACGCAACCGCCCGUCGACUUAUUUGGUACUGCGUCAGUACCGGCACUGAGACCAGUACCCGCACCCAAACCAGUACUGCCACCCAAACCAGUACCGGUACCGAGGCCAGCUCCCCAACCAAUCAGACCAGCUGCCCAACCCAGUAUAUCAGUUUAUCAACCCAGCACAUUGGUUCAACCCAGCACACCCUCAUACCAACCCAGUACAUCCAGUUAUACAUCCAGCACAGCCUCAUUCAAACCCAGUACAUCCAGUUAUACAUCCAGCACAGCCUCAUUCAAACCCAGUACAUCCAGUUAUACAUCCAGCACAGCCUCAUUCAAACCCAGUACAUCCAGUUAUACAUCCAGCACAGCCUCGUCCCAACCCAGCACUUUGACUUACCAACCCAGCACAUCCUCUUACCAAUACCAACGCAGCAGAAUAGUUAACCAACCCACGUCAUCUCCAUCUCCUCCAUCUUCCUCACCGAGUCCGAAACCAAAGAAGUCUGAUUCCUGCGUCAUUGCUUAGGGACAAAGCUGUAAGACCCAACAACAAGGCCUUUUGAUAAUUAGGCAAUGCUAUCCAUUGAAGUGUGAGGAGUCGAGUGGAUUUAAUGCAGUAGUGUCACUUAGACUGCUUAUUUAAUUAGAAGACCGUAUAACACUAAUCUUAUCUUACUUAUCUGCCACCAUUUUCUGUGUCUUCAAUGUAAGCUUAUCACGUGUACGUCAUGGUUUAUUCACUAAGUCUGUUUCCAUUGACCGUUGCACAUAUUGAUGUGGUUAACAUAAAUAAAUUUAAUUUAAUACAUUUUGCUCAGGAAUCUUUUAUUGAUGAAAUGAGGUUUUGUAGUGUGUAUGUAAGCUGUUUUUGUUUCACACAAUUUUUAGACUUAUUGUUGACAGCACCACUUGAAGAUUUAGUUUCUAUUGCUUACACAACGAUUCUACUGCAACUAAAAAUUCCAUUUCCCAAUAUGUUGAACUGUUUGCAAAAUGCUGAUAUUUUUGCAAUAAAUGAAUGAAUGUAAUAUUAUUGUGAACUGCAGACAGAAUCACUGUUUUGGUCUGUGUUAUAAGGCGCUGUUUGUUACUGUGGGAGCUGCAGUUCCUUCUGUCUUUCCCUGUCUGCCUCAUAAGUAAAUUGAAAACGCCACCAGCGGUCGGGUUGAGCCUCUUAGUGAAAUGAGGCAGGGCAUAAAAGAUCAUCAGUAUUGCUGCUGGUGCUUCCUGUGACAUUAGGGCUGCAAAUCACACACACACACACACACACACACACACACACACACACACACACACACACACACACACACACACACACACACACACACACACAGUAUAUAUACACUAGCAACUGCUUCCUGUUGUUUUUCCUGACAAACUGCAUUCACUGUGUGAUUGUGAAUAUGUUUGCAUAUUAAGAUGAGAUUUCACUAUAGUUAUGCACCCUGACUUUUUCAUUGGAUCAUUCCACAUGCAGAAGAAAUGCACCUUGGUGAUGUUUAACUUUAUGCAGUGAUUUAUGUUUCUGUAUGAACAUUAAGUCAUUCAUUUGUUUUAAACCAGAAUGCAUUUUUCCAUUUUACUGUAUUCAGGCAUUUCAAAACAUGACAUGUACUUUGAUCAGUGCAAAUGUAAAUGUAAAAUUCACUGAAAUAAACUACUUUGGUACUUCGA